AUGAAUAAAAAACUCUUUAUUUCUCCGAUUACAAUUCGUUCACUUUUUCGUAAAACACCAACAAAAACUUAUGAUAUAAUUACAAGUGGAGCUUAUAAAACAAAUAAUCUUCCACGUAUUGUUCCAAAAGAAAUACCUCGACCAAAUCAUAUCUAUAAUUUAGUCAAUGGACCUUAUCAAUCAUCAAUUCUUAUAAAAAAUCAAUGGCAAUUAGAAGGUAUACGUGCAGCAUGUCGUCGUGCUCGUACAAUUAUUGAUACAGUAUCAGAAUCUAUUCAAGUUGGUAUUACAACUGAUACAAUUGAUAAAUUAGUUCAUGAAUUAUGUAUUUCUCUUGGUUGUUAUCCAGCACCAUUAAAUUACGAAGAUUUUCCUCGUUCAUGUUGUACAAGUGUUAAUAAUAUGGCAUUACAUGGUAUACCUGAUGGACGACCUCUAAAAGCAAAUGAUAUACUUAAAUUAGAUGUAUCUGUUUAUUAUAAUGGAUUUUUUGGUGAUGUUUCCGAAACAUAUCUUAUACCAGCAGUUGAUAAAACUAAAACUCCAGUUGAUAAUGAUGCAUCAUAUCUUAUAAAACAUGCACGUCGAUGUCGUGAUCGUGCUAUAGCUGCUUGUCGACCUGGAAUUGAAUUUUCAACAAUAGGACGUAUUUGUGAAGAAUAUAUCAAGCAAUGUAAUGGUUUAAAAUUAGUUAAAAGUGCAUGUGGACAUGGUUUAGGUGAACAAUUACAUGAACCACCACAAGUUUUACAUUAUUAUGAUCCAAGUGAAAAACAAAUGAAAUGGAUUAUGGAAGAAGGAAUGGUUUUUGCUAUUGAACCUGUUAUAACGGAAGGUAAUGGUCGAGUUAAAAUGUGUGAUGAUAAUAUUCAAGUAUGUACAACUGAUAAUUCACGUUGUGCACAAUUUGAACAUACAAUUGCAAUAACAUCAAAUGGACAUGAAAUAUUAACAGAAGGAAAAACUGAUAUGCGACCGAAUGUUCUUGAAAGAAAAGCUGUUUUUGUGUAA